AUGACUACCUCGCCCGCUUCGGCCGUCGCCGACAAGUUCCGCAACCCCAUCCUCCCAGGCUUCAACCCCGACCCGUCCAUCUGCUACGUUCCCGGCAAGGGCUACUUUGUCGCGACCAGCAGCUUUGAGUACUUCCCCGGACUCCCAGUGUACCACAGCACGGACCUGAACAGCUGGAAGCUCAUUGGCCAUGCCCUCAACCGCCGCAGCCAAGGUGUCGACAUGCAGACCGUCGAGACUUCGGGCGGUCUCUGGGCCCCGACGUUUAGGUACCACAAUGGCCGGUGGUACAUGAUUUGCUCGUGCUUCUGGCGCAUCCGCAUCGUACCGGGUGGUGCGCCGGACUUUGUCUCGUCGGGCUUCUACAUGUGGACCGACGACAUCUUUGACGACUCCAAGUGGAGCAACGCGAUUUACUUUGAGGAGAUUGGAUUUGACCAAGACCUCCUGUUUGACGACGACGGCCGCGUGUACCAGACCGUGACUCGCUUCGACUUUUCGGCGCCUACGACCCACGGUCAGCCGCUGAUCCAGUCCUUUAUCAACGAGAUUGACCUCGAGACGGGAACGUCUCUUACCCAGCCGGUCCUCGCCAAGGCAUCGCCCCUCGGCGUCGCUGAGGGCUGCCACAUCCUCAAGAAGGACGGGUUCUACUACUUCUUCACUGCGGAGGGCGGCACCCAGGACGGUCACCGCGAGUGCGUCUACCGCUCCACUUGCCCCACCGGUCCAUUUGAGGCACCUCCCGAGGGCAUCAACCCCGUCAUCUUUAACGACGCCCACCCCGACAUCCAGAACACUGGCCACAUGGACCUGAUCGAGGGUGUCAACGGCCAGUGGGUCGCUGUAUUCCUCGGCGUCCGCCCUGUGUUCGAGGCGGGUAUCACCAAGGAGGGUGGAAAGGGCAUGCCGACCCACCUCGGGCGCGAGACGUUUAUGGCGCCGAUGGAGUGGGUCGACGGAUGGCCCGUCGUGAACAACCGCAAGCCCAUUGAGCUUAUUGGCGAUUUCCCCGGCCUCGAGCUUGCACCAGAGCCGGCUGGAUGGAUCGACGAGUUUGACAAGCCUACUCUCAACCUGGGAUGGUACCACAUCCGUGUGCCCCUCCGCCAGUACUACUCUCUGACCGAGCGCCCCGGCUACCUUGCGCUCCGUGGCGGCCCCAUCACGCUCGACACUGAGCACUCGCCCUCGGCUCUCCUCCAGAAGCAGCCCGGCUUCAACCUCGACUGGAGCACCGAAGUCGAGUUCACGCCCACCCUGCCUGGUCAGGAGGCCGGUACCGUCGUGUGGAUGAGCAAGGGCGAGCACGCCUCUCUCGGCCUGCGUGGCGUCGACACGGAGGGGAACGUCGAGGUCGCGUUCAAGCGCCCCAGUACCGACGGCAAAUUUGACAUCUCCACCUUCCCCCUCCCCUCAACAUUCACGCCGGGCACGCCCGUGACAUUCUACGUCCACGCACGCACGCAGCAGUACGAGUUUGCCUAUUCGGUGGGCGGCGCGGCGCCCGUUGUCGUCGGCACGAUGGCCAGCUCAGAGCUCAAGCCGCUCUUCACGGGCGUGCAUCUCGGUGUCUUUGCGCAGGGCGCAAAGGAUAUGCCUUGUAUCAACCGUGCGUACUUCAAGUAUGCCAAGUGGGACUCCGUCGCGGCAUAG